ACUUGCCUUCAUACUUGCAUUUUUCUUCCUACCGAAAUGGCCGUUCCUGUUUCUCUCUUCUCCGUCCUCCUCUUCAUAAAUCUCUUGUCCUUUUGCCUCUUCUCGAACCAGCAACCUCUUCUUGACUCCCUUGAGCAAGACGCUGUUUAUCAAGUCCUUCACUCCAUUAACCCUACUAUUCCUUGGCGUUCACUCUUUUCCGACGACCUUUGUUCGUCUCCUCCCCAUGGUGUCGUUUGUGGAUACUUCAUUGAGCCCACCAACAACACCGUUUCCCACCUUCAAACCGAGACGUUUCACAUUACUGAGCUAAAUUUUGGGUAUGUUUCCGAUUACACGCCAAACCCGCCUUGUACUCCAAACUCUACUCUCAGUCCUCUUAUUUUCACCUCCUUCAAGUACCUUCGCAAGCUCUUCUUCUAUCAAUGCUUCACCGAAACGCCCGUUUCCGUUCCUGAUAACCUUCCAGAGAGUUUCGGGUCAAGUCUUGAGGAGCUGGUGUUUAUUGAGAACCCAUCAUUGGUUGGUUCUCUGAGUGGCAUUAUCGCAAGCUAUCCUCACCUCAGGAGGUUAGUUUUCACAGGGAAUGGAGUUUAUGGUAACGUUCCAGAUGAAGUUGGUGAGCUGGUUGAUCUUGAAGAGCUUACACUUUCGAGAAACAAACUAAGCGGUGGGGUUUCAUUUGGUUUGGCUAAGUUGAAAAAACUGAGAGUUCUUGAUUUAAGCCAAAACUAUUUUGACGGAAAUGUCCCUGAUGAGAUGGGUAAUCUUACAGAGUUGUUAAAGCUUGAUUUGAGUAACAAUAACUUUUCUGGUAAAAUCCCAGAGAGUUUUGGUUCCUUGAAGAGUUUGGAGUUUCUUGAUCUGAGUUUUAACCGCUUUGGUAACUUUGGGGUACCUCUGUUCUUAGCUGAGAUGCCGAGACUGAGAGAAUUGUAUUUGAGUGGGAAUUUGUUAGGAGGGCAGAUCCCAGAAAUAUGGGAAAAUCUGAGGGGUAUUUUGGGGAUAGGAUUUUCUUCGAUGAAUCUUGUUGGGGAAAUCCCAGCUUCAAUGGGCCUGCACUUGAAGAACUUGAGCUACUUGAGGCUGGAUAACAAUAAACUUGAAGGAGGUGUGCCUGAGGAGUUUGGUGUUUUGGAGUUUGUGAGCGAAAUCAAUCUGGAGAACAAUAAUUUAAGCGGUAGAGUUCCAUUUUCUGCCAAAUUUAGCUCAAAAGUUGGGCACAAAUUGAAGUUAAAUGGCAAUCCAGAUUUAUGUGUUGGUGAAGGUUUCAGCAUUAGCAAGAAUGUUAGUGGCAGCCUGGGGCACUUGAAGUUGUGCAAGAAGCCUGAUAUUCCCAAUGCAGUCCAAAUCAAUGGCGGUUCUUCUUUAGGGCUGUUGGCAUAUUUUCAUGUGCUGUUGUUUCUUGGAUUUUUUAUUCUCUUUGCUUGGUAAUGCAAAGAGACGGUGAUGGUUUAGGAUAGAAUUACAGUGUCCAAAAACAGUGAUAUAAGUCAGGACAUGUUAUAUUGACUCUUCUUUUUUGGGCCGAAAUGUGUAAUUAUCUAGGUUUUUGAUAGUGACAGGUGCAUAUAUUAUGGGUUAUUGUAUAUGAAGUUUGCUUAAUCUGGAGAUUUUUUGAGUUCAAGCAAUCAAGGCCGGUUUCACUUCUAUUUACAUUUUUCUUC